AUGAAAAAUUACGAGAAGUUAGAGAAAAUAGGAGAGGGUACAUAUGGAACUGUUUUUAAGGCUAAGAAUUGUGACACUCAAGAGAUUGUAGCAAUGAAAUGUGUACGUUUAGACGAUGACGACGAGGGUGUUCCAAGUUCGGCACUACGUGAAAUAUGUUUAUUAAAAGAGCUCAAACAUCAAAAUAUCGUUCGCUUAUACGAUGUAGUGCAUAGUGAGCGUAAGCUUACGUUAGUUUUUGAAUAUUGUGAUCAGGAUUUAAAAAAAUAUUUCGAUUCGUGCAGUGGUGAAAUUGAUCAACAGAUAGUGAAGUCACUUAUGCAGCAGUUGUUAUGUGGAUUAGCCUUCUGUCAUUCACACAACGUUCUUCAUCGUGAUCUAAAACCCCAGAAUUUAUUAAUAAAUACUAAUAUGCAGUUGAAAUUGGCAGAUUUUGGAUUGGCACGGGCAUUUGGCAUACCUGUGAGAUGUUAUAGCGCCGAAGUUGUUACGUUAUGGUAUCGACCUCCUGAUGUCCUCUUUGGUGCAAAACUUUACAAUACUUCAAUUGAUAUGUGGUCUGCUGGAUGUAUUUUUGCUGAAAUCUCAAAUGCCGGAAGGCCGCUUUUCCCAGGAGCUGAUGUUGAUGACCAGCUAAAAAGGAUUUUCAAAAUGCUGGGUACUCCUACGGAUGCCACAUGGCCAGGUCUUUCGCAGCUUCCUGAAUUCAAGCCGAUGCCUCUGUAUCACCCCUCUCUCACAAUUGGACAAGUGGUACCUAAUCUUCCCGCACGCGGUCGCGACUUACUUCAGCGACUCCUGAUUUGUAAUCCAUCUCGUCGUAUCGAUGCCGAAGUAGCGUUACGUCAUGACUAUUUCAGUGAUAUUACUGACGGCUGA